GCGGCGGCGGCGGCGGCGGUGGUGGCGGGAUGCUGCGGGCGCUGUCGCUGCUGGUGGCGGCGGCGGCGGCGGCGCUGGCGGUGGAGGGCGGCCCGGGACCCCCCCGGCUCCGCGGGGCCGAGCUGCGGGACCUGGCCCGGGGCAAGGUGGAGACCUGCGGCGGGUGACGGCUGAACCGCCUGAAAGAGGUGAAGGCCUUCGUCAGGCAGGACAUCCCCCUCUACCACAACCUGGAGAUGAAGCAUCUGCCCGGUGCUGACCCUGAACUUGUGCUCCUCAGCCACCGAUACGAGGAGCUGGAGAGAAUCCCCCUGAGUGACAUGACCCGGGAGGAGAUCAACCAGCUGCUGCAGGAGCUGGGCUUCUACCGCAAGGAGACGCCUGAUGCCCCCGUGCCUGAGGAGUUCCAGUUUGCCCCUGCCAGGCCUCUGUCCACCCUGCCACCCCUGCAAGUUCCUGCUGCCAAUGGCAAGACCCCACGCGAACGUGAUGAGGGAGAACACCCAGACCUCUAGCGAGGGGUGCCGUGCUUGGGAGAGGGUCCUGCGGCCGGUCCCCAGCAUGUGGGAACACGAGUGUCACAGCAGCUGGGGACGCUGCCGUGGGGUGAUGAAGGUGCCCCCGCUGUUGCUUGGUGCUGUGCGGCCUCUGCCCCGACAAUGCCCUGAGCAGCUCCGGCCUUGAGCAGGGGCUUCCUGGGCAUUGUGGGCAUUCUGGAUGUCCACAUGCCUGUCAUUGCCCUCCCUGACCUGCAGCCUGGCAUCCCUGGCUGGUUGGGAGGAGCAGUGUUCUUUGCGCUCCCUUGCCGUGCCCCAGGGUUUAGCUGACUCCCGGCACUGGGCAGCAGUAUCCUACCUGAGUGGGACAGGAUGAAACCCUCAGCAGAAAGCCCCAGGUGCUGAGGGUAGAUGUGCUGAGUCCCGGAGGUAGGAGAGCUGCCCCCGGGGGGGUAUGGCUUUACACCCCACCAGGGUUGUCUCGUAUCGAGCCACCAGUAAAGCCCAUGCGUACAA